AUGCACACCACUCGCCGAAAUUCAUCCUGCGCAAGGCGGGGCUAUAACUUUUCCCACAUUCGUCAUUGUCAUCGACUAAGGAUGAUCGAGGAUAAGGUGAUCGUCGGUGCUGCUUCCGCAUGUUCACUGCUUGCCAUUGGCGCAUGUCUUGCCGUUUUGCCAUCACUCUACUAUGAGAUCAAUGAAGUUCAUGAUCAGGUUCUUGACUCUGUCGCAAUGUUUCGCCUUGAAACGGAUUCGGCAUGGAUCGACAUGAUGGACAUUCAAAUCGCCGUCAGCCCGCCUUCAAAGCCCCGACAAAACCCAUUCAACUCGAUCUUCCGUCAGAAAAGACAAAAUUUCCGUGGGCUACCAUCAUGGUGUGUAUGUGAACCGCGACCACCACGCUGUCCUCCGGGACCUCCAGGACCACCUGGACGUCCGGGACCACGCGGAAUUCCGGGAAAUCCUGGCCCACCCGGACGUGAUAACACACAUGUCUACGCUCCCAUCACAUGCCCACCAUUUCAACCUGGAUGUGUCAAGUGCCCUCCAGGACCUCGCGGACCACCCGGAAUUACUGGACCAAUGGGACGCCCGGGACCAAGUGGACGACCUGGCAUGCAAGGACUACGUUUGGUAGUUUUUCGCUACAUAAAUCUUGUUUUCGCUGUUAUUGAUGCAGAACAAAAAACAAACCUUGCUAGUUGA